GGUACAGCGCAGGGCGGACUCGAGCUGCCUUUGGAGGCGUGGGUUUCUGUUUCUGUCUAUCUUACGCACUAUCUCCGCCCUCCAGGGAGAGACUUCUCCAUUUACUGACCACCUUUUUUUUCACGCACCGCCGUUAAAUCAAAAUUAGGUGUGACGGAUUGCAAGAGAGCAAAGGACCCGGCGUCAAUUUACCUCCGGAUUCCCCCUCGUUAGGAAUUUCUGGAUUAUGGGGGCGUCGUUAUGCCACGCAGGGUAAACCUCAGCCGCUUUCCAAGAUCAAAUCACCCGAGCUAGAAGCAAGGAGCACGUUAAAAAAUGUGCAUGAAUCAGAUGAUGCUGCAAAUUAUCAGGACUUCGCCUGUAAAUACCUCUGGGAUGUUUAUUUGUGUGUUUUUGCGUUUUAGUGCGCGCAGUGUGCAGUAGGUUUGUGUGCUGCUCGGAGUUGGCACAGCCCACAGGCAUCACCUAUAAUAAUUAUUCUCAUUUUUAUAUCGGCGUGAUUUUAUGUGCAGCGUGCAUUAGUAACCAUGCAGAACCCGUGUCGUGUCUUUACCCUCGGUGGAGUGUUUGAAAUGUAAAUAUAAGUGAGACAUUUUGAACUAAUUGGCUCUGUGGACGGUUUGACCAAAACGCGUUAGUAGGAGCUGGUAUCAUUCCGACAGAAUACAGCGACGCAGGGGGUAUUUGAAGUCACAUGUGCCCAGAACAAACAUUUAAGAUGACAAAAACCGUCCCCAGAAGAGAUUCUCUUUAUUACCGAGGAAGCUGCAUUGGGAUCACAUCUCAGUUCCUGGAUUGCACUAGAGUUGGAGGACAGGGAGCCGAGGAAGAGAGGGAGGAGAAGCAGAGGAGAGCUGCCGAGCUGCACACCAGAGCUGAUGGGCAAGCUUUGGCUUCAGUGAUGGACUGAGCUGAAGGUGACGGGACCCCGAGUGACAGCCGGCUUCACGCGCGCCCCCCCCCCCCUCCCCCCUAAGAGCCUUCACACUUCACACAAGGCAUGUAUGGACACACUGCAGCAUAGGUGAGAACAGCAGGAGCUGCCCACACAUCGAAUUGUCCUAAUGAUUGAAAUACAACCAUCUCUCACAGAGGACUACACCGGCCUUGUAUUUGGAAACUCAGGUCUGCAUAAACUGAUUCUACCUUUGUCCCAAAAAGCAAGUACACCUGCAACCUCAGCCCCUUCCCAAGUGCCCUGAAAGCCCGCCGGAUUGUGUCUGCAACCUCAGAUGUAACUAAGCUAUCAAGAUUUCUUCUCCAGGAAGUCCUGUGAUACUGGCUGCAUGGACACAUCCUCAAAAUCGUGGCUGCCGCAUCAGAGUCAGUUUGGGUUGGUUGGUCAAGCGGAGGUUGGCUGUGGCGGACCUGGAGUUUUAACCCCAAACCAAUCUCGCAGGGCAAGUUUUGCCUCUGUAAGACAGUCGAGCAUGGAGACGCCUCCCAAUGCCACCCCGCAGCCCUUCAGACAGCCGAGUUUCCUGAAUCGGAGGCUGAAGGGCUCCAUCAAGAGGGCCAAAAGUCAACCCAAACUGGACCGGACCAGCAGCUUCAGACAAAUGAUUUUGCCCCGGUUUCGAAGUGCGGACCAAGAGAGGACACGCUUGAUGCAGAGCUUCAAAGAAUCCCACUCCCAUGAAUCCCUACUUUCUCCUAGCAGUGCUGCGGAGGCUUUGGACCUCGUUUUGGACGAAGAUGCCAUAAUCAAACCUGUCCACUCGAGCAUUUUAGGACAAGAGUACUGCUUUGAGGUAACCACCAAUUCAGGGACAAAAUGUUUCGCCUGCCGUUCAGCUUCAGAGAGAGACAAGUGGAUUGAAAAUCUGCAGCGAGCUGUCAAACCAAACAAGGACUCCUUGUUUCAAUUCCAGGACAACAGCAGACGGGUGGAUAAUGUGCUCAAGUUGUGGAUCAUUGAAGCUCGAGACCUCCCGGCUAAGAAGCGCUACUAUUGUGAGCUGUGUCUGGAUGACAUGCUGUACGCACGCACCACCAGCAAACCCCGGACCGACACCGUCUUCUGGGGCGAGCAUUUUGAGUUCAACAAUUUGCCUACCAUUCGUAGCCUUCGUUUUCACCUCUACAAGGAAACUGACAAAAAGAGACGCAAGGAGAAAAGCACAUAUCUCGGCCUUGUCAGCAUCCCCAUCUCCAGCAUCACGGGCCGGCAGUUUGUGGAGCAGUGGUACCCGGUCAUACAGUCCAGUGUCUUGGCCAAAAGCGGCGGUGUCGGGAGUACCAAAGUGAUCAACGCCUCAAUACGUGUCAAAUCUCGCUACCAGACAAUGAACAUCCUCCCGAUGGAGCUGUACAAGGAGUUUGCCGAGUACAUCACCAACAACUACCGAACACUGUGUGCCGUCCUGGAGCCACUGCUGAGCGUGAAGAGCAAAGAGGAGGUGGCCUUCGCUCUGGUGCACAUCCUGCAAAGCACAGGAAAGACAAAGGAAUUCCUGUCUGACAUGGCCAUGUGUGAGGUGGAUCGAUUCAUGGACAGAGAGCAUUUGAUUUUUCGAGAGAACACGCUAGCUACAAAGGCUGUGGAAGAGUACCUCAAACUGAUAGGUCACAGAUACCUCAAAGAUGCUAUAGGUGACUUUAUUCGAGCCUUAUACGAGUCUGAGGAGAACUGUGAGGUGGAUCCAAUGCGCGUCCCGCCCUCAGUCCUCGCUGACCAUCAAGCCAACCUUCGAAUGUGCAGUGAGCUUCUACUCUGCAAGAUCAUCAACUCGCUUUGCAUAUUUCCCCGAGAGCUGAAGGAAGUUUUUGCCUCGUGGAGAGCCAGAUGUGCCGAGCGUGGCAGAGAGGAUCUGGCAGACAGCCUCAUCAGCUCCUCCCUGUUUCUUCGCUUCAUGUGCCCAGCCAUCAUGUCCCCCUCCCUAUUCAACCUGAUGCAGGAGUACCCCGCUGAGCGCACGUCCCGCACACUCACGCUCAUAGCCAAGGUGAUGCAGAACCUGGCCAGCUUCAGCAAAUUUGGACCCAAGGAGGAAUACAUGUAUUUCAUGAAUGAGUUCCUGGAGAUGGAGUGGGGCUCCAUGCAGCAGUUUCUCUACGAGAUUUCAAACAUGGAGGCUGGAGGGAACGCUGGAGGGUUUGAGGGCUACAUUGACCUCGGCAGAGAAUUGUCAAUGCUCCACAGCUUACUGUGGGAAGUCAUGGGCCAGCUUAGCAAGGAUGCUAUUCUGAAACUCGGACCCCUGCCGCGGCUGCUGAAUGACAUCAGCGUCGCCCUGAGGAACCCGCAACUCCACAUGCCUGCAAACCAGCAGCCGGACCGACCGAAGGACAGACUCUUCUCGCGGCCAUCGUUCAACCGUCUCAUGUCCUCUGACUUCCAAAGCCUUAUGAUGCGUGACUUAAACAGUUCAAUAGACAUUUCCCGCCUGCCCUCCCCUACAACGGGAGUCUCAGCUGUGGAGUCCCUAUCAUCUAAUCUGAACAUGAGACGCCAUGCAGAGCGAGACCUCCGCUCGUCGAGGGAAGUGUUCUACGUGACCCGCCCGCCGCUGGCCCGAUCCAGCCCCGCCUACUGCACCAGCAGCUCGGAUAUCACUGAACCGGACCCAAAGAUCCACAGUGUAAAUAAAAGCGUGUCCAUGAUGGACCUCCAGGACUCCCGUAUGAACAGCAUUUCCAACCUCAACUCUGUGGGAGACAUGCUGACCUCCUCUCAAGCCUCCAUUGCCGGCCUGGGCCACAGCUUCGGGAACCUCUGCGGUCCCCUCCGGAUGGGGGGGCACCUGCCGGCGGGCUCUGCGGGCUCCGCUCUGAGGCUGAGCCAGAUGGGCCACAUAGGGGGGCCCACCGAGUCCAUCUCCCAACAGCAGCAGCAGGCAGCAGCGGCCAUGCACUUCCCCCUGUCUUUCCAGAACCCGCUAUUCCAUCUGGCCGCCCAGGACUCCCCGGCUCAGCCUCAGCCUCACCCCCCUCCCCUCCUCCUCGCCCCAGAGCCCGAGAAUGGUCACCACGACUAUGCACCGGCUUUUGGCAACAGUGCUUUCUCCCGCAGCGAGGACUUGUCCGCCCUGCGGUCACAGAGCAGUCUGGUGCAGCCCAGCAUCGUCCACUCACACAGCUACAGCGAUGAUUUCACCCGGCAGAAUCAGAGCAACGACUACGCCUGGCACCAGCUGUCACUGCAGGUGCAGGAGUCUCUCCAGCAGCAGCAUAUGAUGGGUGCCGCAUCUCAGACCCCCACAGGGACAGGCACCCCCGCCUCCCUGGCCACACCACCCACCACAGUUCACCCUGUCCGCCAGUCAUCCAUGGCUCCGCCACAACACCUCAAGUCACAGCGGUCAAUCAACAUUCCAGUCACCGCCACACCUCCAAAAGUUCGCCCGCAGAGCAGGAACCUCCUCCUCGACUCUUCGGAGGGCAACUUCACCGGCAGUGGGCCAAAAUUGCGCCAUCCACGGCAGCAACAUCAGCAGCAAAAUGAGCAUCAACAGCAGCUACAUCAACAGCAGCAACUUCAGCAGCAACUUCAACAGCAACUUCAACAGCAACAACUACAACAGCAGCAACUACAACAGCAGCAACUUAAACAACAACAACAACAACAACAACAACAACAACAACAGCAGCAGCAGCAGCAGCAGCAGCAACAGCAGCAGCAGCAGCAACAGCAACAGCAGCAACAGCAGCAACAGCAACAGGAAUCACAGCUGUCGUUGACUGACAGUCCUGCUCCCGGACUCCCUUACCAGAAUAGCUCUGCCAAAGAGAACCAGGUCCCGCAGGCAGCGGCAGAGGAGUCAACAGACACUCCCACAAAAAACACCAAGAAGUCUCAACAAACACAAUUGCAGCCGCCACAGCCGCAUCUGCUCAAACCAGGCAAUAAACAGGGUUCUCAGUCGACUUUGACCACCACGGGCCUCAAUGAACGGACAGUGGCCUGGGUGUCCAACAUGCCCCAUCUCUCUGCUGACAUUGAGAGCCUGCGGCCGGACCGUGAGGGUCAGCUGAAAGAGUACUCCAAGAGCAUGGACGAGUCCCGACUAGAGAGGGCAAAAGAGUAUGAAGAAGAGAUUUUUACCCUGAAAGAGCGUCUCAAGAUGUCUCAUCGCAAGCUUGAAGAAUAUGAGCAGAGACUCAUGUCGCAGGAACAGCAGACAAGCAAGAUCCUAAUGCAGUACCAGAACCGCCUGGACAACAGUGAGCGGCGUCUAAAACAGCAGCAAGUGGAGAAGGACUCUCAAAUCAAAGGCAUCAUCAACAGACUCAUGGCUGUGGAAGAUGAGCUGAGAGUGGGUGCCAUUCCUGAUAUUAAGCCUCGAAUCCUCACUGACCAGGGUUAUGGCCAUCCAGGAUCCUGACUGUCAAUACCAAAGUGACCAGAGCUCAUGAUGGUCACUCAAGUGUAAGAAGACACAUCCUACAGAAACCAAUGAAGAGAAGCCCUGCAGUAGAUCCCGCAGGACCACUGGAGGCUUCAUCUCACAACGUUCUUAAAAAACUUUGCACAUAUUAAAACUUUGCCUGUACCAGAACUUGACAAUCAGUUUAGCAAGAGGACCAACGUGUGCAGUGAGUCGUCUGCACAUUUUUGACCGAAAGAUAAGCCAAUGCCACACCAAUGGCAAUACUGAACCUAAUGAGUCUAUUUAUUUAAACCGGAGAGUGAGAAGAAUUGUGCAAAAAUCUGGGAAUGAAGAUGGAUUUAUGAUUUUCCCCGCUACAAACAACACACUCACUUCUCACUUAAGUGGCUGCAGACAAAAUGUAGAAAAGGCUUUUAGAAGCAGAAUAUCCCCUAAUGGUGACGCCAGUUUCAUCUAUAUUCCUUGGAUACAGGGCCCAACAAAGACCUAUAUUACUAUUUGAUCUGAUUAAAUCAUUUAGUAACAUGUUCCCGCUGCAAAGGUGGUUAUCAUUAUGAAUUUCACACCCUUUUUGCAUCCUUCAUAUUACAGCCAUCCCAUGUGAAUAGAUGCCAAACGAGACUUACAAUCAAUGAACUGCUUUAAAUACAACCUAGACCUGCUGUUGGUUACAUUUUCCUUCGGUACACAGUGUAAAGCCUGAACUCUCAGUGUAUAGAAAAGGUAUUUAUUGAAGCUAUUCAACUUUAUAACAUUGAAACAUUUACAUAAAUAAUCUGGCAUUAUAAUGUGUUCUGUUCACUUUGUAUUCAUAAUAUUAAUCAUAAUAACAAAAUUAUAUAUAUGACAUUUCAAAACAAUGAUACAAAGUGCUCAAUUAAACACCUGAUGUGAGGGAAGGACCAUGUGAAAAUGUAGGAAAAUGUUUAAUCCAUGAUCCAAGGGCCUUUGCAUUAUACUUUGUAUGCAAUGCAAUGCCAUAGACAGGCGUCCUUUAUUUCUAAAUGGAAGACUUGCCACUUACGGCAUAGGGCUGGGUAUUGUUUAAUAAAUGAGUACCCUUACAGUGAUACUGAUACCAAUAGAGUACUUAAUUUGAUACCUUUUUUAUACUUCAUUAGAUACACAUCCUGUGAAUGGAAACAUUCAAAAAGUUCAAAUUCAAAAUUGAUUGAUGUGGUUUUUUUUUUUUAAAUGUCAUUUAUAUUCCCAGUUUUUUUAUUUCAUUAUCACUCCCUAUGCAUUUCAGCAUGCUUAACUGCCAGUGAAAUACUUCACUGGACUUCAGCACCCCACAGACUGUACGGGUACUAGCUGCUGCGUGGCCGGCCAAUCACAAUUCAUAUUUAAUUGAAGCCUUGUGGUGAUUGGCUAUUAGCGAAUAUACAAACACAUUUUAUUUUUUUCAAAAAAAGGAUCAGAUGCAGGGAUCCUAAAAGGUGAUAAGUACCGAUACCCAGCCCUAUUUCGUGAUAAUAUAGUCACAUUGUAUGAAUGUAGUUACAGCUGACAGCAACCCAAUCACGUCAGGGCCCCAACCCUAAAGCUGUGGUGUGAACAAUCCGAUAAUGUGCAAUCAAACCUCGCGUUCACAUGUUUUCCUUUAUUCAGAUAGGACAUCCAGAUUCAGAUCGCAGGUUAAUUACGUUUUAAAUGGGGUCCGGAUCGGUCAGCCUCAGCUGCUUUCAUUAUUUUUAUAAUCUUUAAUUGAAGUGCAAUACUAUAUCCCUGGAGUGCCCCCCCUCCUCCUUUUAGGGAACACAAAGUACACUUCAUCUGUUUAACAUCGUCUUUAAGGAAAGUGAUGUCAUGAGACACAUCUAAUGGAUGAUACUGACAGCUCCUCUUUAGUUGACAGCUCAUAAUGAAUGUUUGUCUCAUGGACCGUUGCAUCUGAGAGACAGUAUCUAAAGGGUUUAGACAGGGUCUAAAGCCUUAAACUAACCAAGCGUCAAAAGUAAUAAAUCAACUGAAAAAUAGAUCAAAUCAUGGCCUUCAUUUCUGCCAUUUUCACGAUAUAUCUUUUUAGCCCUUUCAUGAUUUUGUUGAACAGCACUUUGUAACAUUGGUUCGAAAAGUGCUGUAGAAAUACAUUUUUUUAAAUUACUAUGAUUAUAAACAUUACGUGCAACUGGAAACAAAUCAUAUUAUAGCAAGUAGUGAAUUACUCAUAUGUUGUGUUUAAUGUUUCUAAAGCAUUGGUGUGCAACAGUUCUGCAUGUGCUUUUUAAAUGCAAGGACGAGUAAGUCGAUUUGUUGUCAGAUAUUAUUCGAAUGUACAAACAAACUUUGACAUGGCUUUCUUAUUGGAAGGCAACCUUUUUUUAUCCAGCCUGCUAACUCUUCUGUUUUUUUCAGAAGAGGGUGGCAUUCAGCCUUUUGCAUUAUACAACAUGAAAGUACUGAGAGUAAUGACAUGAAAACAAAAAGCGACAGUGAAAACAGCAGAACAAUAAAGAGUUUCCACGCAGGGAUAUGUAGUAUAUGUGCAUAGGAUUUGACUGCCUUACAGUCUGUGCCACAGGGCCCAAAAUAACAAUGCCAAUACAAAAAAAACAUGUACACUUUGUAUAUUAAAUGUCCUUUUUUGUAGUCAGGUGAUGAAUUACUAAGCAGUGUGUUGGUUUACUCUGUAUGUUCAGAAUCAUUUAUAUUAUACAUUCAUGGAUUGAUAUAAUUUAUCUUAACCUCUUGCCUUUAAAAAUACAUUUUCUUUCAAGAUAAAUAGCAAAUUAUACAAAGUUAUAUGUUUAGGUUACCAGAAAUGUAUAAAAUAGCUUAAUGUAUAUCUAUUCUUAUAUGUAAAAUGUAUUCAAAUCAAGGGUAGGCCUUCAGGCAUGUUGAACUUGUGGUAAAAACAGAUUAUUAUAUUAUAAACUCUUAAUGCUGCAAUCCAGAAACUACAGUGCUAUGGUGUGACUGCGUUCAUCGGAUGAGAGCUAAAUAAUUUCCUAGCAUAGCACAUUUUUGUCCUGUGGAAUAAUAAGACACAUUCUUAACGUAUCUCGCCUAUGUUUGGGUAACCAAAUUAGCAGUGGUGCUUUCAACAAUACUGGGUUGCAGUUUUAAGUAAUCUUAAAAAAAAAUGCAUUUUAUUUAUUUGGCCUGCAUUGCAAUACAGUAUGUUGAAAUGUUAUACUGCACUUCUGUUUGCAUUGUAUGAGAAGCUGCAAUCAUAAUCUGAGAGAUGUUUAUAAACACAUACAAAUCUAUAAUAUGCCCAUGUAUUCUUAUCUUUGUGUUAGCUGCAGUGGUGUGCUACCUCUGAAAUCGUUAUACCACAAUCUGAGAGGAUGCUUUAUUCCAUGUGGCUAAUAAACCUUAGUUAAUUUAAGAGACAGUGCUAACAGAAAAUGUUUUCUUUGCUGGUUGCUGGUUUAUUUAGGAUUUACUAUGUAUAAUAUUUGUCAUCACAGGGCCAUUUCUAAAGUUUGUCCUGUUUACUAUUGUAUUUAAGUGCCGUUACCAUUACAUUCAUACACAUUUCCUUCUAAAAAGAGGAUGAGAUUAAUCGUGUUCCUGGUAUUUGUCUGACUCUCAGGUGUUACAAGGAACAACAAAUAUUGCCAACAAGAACUUUUGAUAUGUAAAAUGCCAAAUGUACAAAAGUAUUGAGACACAAUCUUUGACAAGUGACCAUUACAUCAAAACACAAUUCAAAAAAAGAACAUGAAAUAAGGGGUCUGUGCUGAGGUAACAAUUCUGCUUUUAUUUUGCUUUGUUCCCAGCCCACAUCUCAUCCAUAUAAAUAGUUGAUUUUACACCUUCCCUUGUAUUAUUUGUUACAUAAAAAGGGAACACGAGGAUGGUUUCUUGGCCCAAAUGAAAAAUGCGACAAAUGCUCCAGUGUUAUGAAACAGGAAUAUAAUUGAAGUUACUGUCGAAGAAGUGCUUUAUGUUUACACAUGAGAUUUUAGAGGAUGUAUGAACCUUUGUUGACCCAGAGGAAAAUAACUGCCGCUCCGCUGAAGCUAAAGCAGGACCUAAUUAAUCAAAUGAGAUAUCUUGUAUAUUUUGAAUAAGGGUAUUUAACAGCUAACAUAUUUAUGUUUCUAAAAUGGAUGUAUAUCAUUAUGGAAUAUAACAAAGUAUUUUUCUUGGCAGCUAUUAUUCUGCACAAUUGAUCUACUGUGUCACAAAUAUAGGUGGUGGGGUUUCUGACUUGAAUUGGGCCUACUGGAUGUAAUUUCAUUUAUUUGACAUUUCUUUUUAAAUAAGCCAUGCCCCAUGGAUAAGCCAUACCCUCCAGCCCCCUGAUGUUGUAUGGUGGAUGUUUAAUGUUGGUAGUUUUAUUUAUGAUGGUAGUUAUGUAGGUAUGAUUGCGCUUGUAAUUAUUAUUAGUGUAAGUAUAUUUGAUUGAUAUGAUUUGUUUGAACAAAGGGAAUGUAUUCAUUUCAGGUGAUUUUUCCGAGUGAUUUAAAUAAACUAAUAAAUCCCGAAA